UCUUCAAUUGUUUUAUUUACAUAAUUUUUGUGACAUUUUCGACAUUUUCUACAUCAAAACUAAAAUGCCUUUGUUGUGUGCUUGUGUUGAGCAUUAACUAGUCCACAUACAUACUUUGAAGACUGUGCCAAGGCCUAAUUUACAUGUUUCGAGCCCCGCCCAACAAUUGGGAUAUGGGCGAGAGAGAGAGCGAACAGAGUUGAGAGAGCGGCGGCAACAAUCAAAACAAACAUGCCGAAGAAACCGAAGAAGCCGAAGAACGUGAACAACCAAAUAAAAUGGAAUGCAAGAAAAUUAUUCAACGGUAGCGCCGACGCUGGCAGCGAAGCGCAGAAAAAAAAGCGCUUUAAAGUGAAAGUCGAAAGCAUAAUUCAAGAGAAGCAAAAAAGAAAUGAAAUUUACAACAACAACAACAACAACAACGACGACAACUCAAAUGGCAAUAACAAGCAGCAGCCGUUGCGGCUUCUAUGGCUAUGUUGGUCUGUCCCAACAGCCGGAGUGAAGUGCGACGCCGACGGCGACGGCGAAGCCGACGGCAACUGCGACGCAUGCACAUGCAUAAACUUAUAUUAAUAACAGACGCCAGCAAAGGCGACGGCGUCGCCGCUCAAAAUUGUAUUCAGGUUAUUUUUUGACGUGUUAGCAGCUCAGCUGAAGCCGUAGCCAGAGCCAGAGCCAGAGCCAACGGGAGUCGAACUCAGUUUCAGUUGGUUAAGAUCGCGCGAGACGCUUGGACGCAGCGGUAACAAGAGCAGGCGCAGCAAGACAAUUCCAAGAAGCAGUUACACACACACACACACACACAGAGACACAGACGCACGUACACAGAUCAAGAGAUAGCCGGCAGCAAUUCAUCAAGUGCUCAACUCAACGAAAGCCAUUGUAACUGUCGUUGUUGUCGUUGUCGAUCAAAUGUGUGAAAUUGGCGCGUGAGGAAGUGCGACCGAAGAAAAAGAAGAAGAGUUGGGUCAUCAAAUUUGGCAAGCACCUCCCAUCAUUCCCCCAAUCCCGAUUGCAGCCAUCAACUGACGCUCGCACACACACAACUACACGCACACACACACAGGCACACACACAGGCACAGCUCUUAAGGCCGUAUUCUAGCUAUGUCGGAGGCUGGCACGCCCACGACAACGAGGACUGUUUACGACCCAACCGCCGAGGCGGCCGAGAAGGCGCUCUGCUUUCGUGGCAUCUGGGCGUGGCUGGUGCUCCUUGUGCUGAUCGGCCUGUGCAUUGCGUUGGUCAUGUGGCUGCUGCGCAAGAUCAUCCUGGGUCCGGUGUACCGCAAGCCGAACCGCAUCGAUGGCAAGGUGGUCAUCGUCACCGGCUGCAACACGGGCAUUGGCAAGGAGACGGUGCUGGAGCUGGCGCGGCGGGGCGCCAAGAUCUACAUGGCCUGCCGGGAUCCGGCACGCUGCGAGGCAGCCCGCAUCGAGAUCAUGGAUCGCACACAGAACCAGCAGCUGUUCAAUCGCAGCUUGGAUCUCGGCUCGCUGCAGUCGGUGCGCAACUUUGUGGCACGCUUCAAGGCCGAGGAGACGCGCCUCGAUCUCCUGAUCAACAAUGCCGGCGUCAUGGCCUGUCCGCGUACUCUCACCGCCGACGGCUACGAGCAGCAGUUUGGCGUCAAUCAUUUGGGCCACUUUCUGCUCACCAAUCUGCUGCUGGAUCGGCUCAAGCAGGCGGCACCCAGCCGCAUUGUCGUUGUCAGCUCGGCGGCGUAUCUUUUCGGGCGCAUCAAUCGCGAGGAUCUGAUGAGCGAGCGCAAAUACAGUAAGUUCUUUGGCGCCUACACCCAGUCCAAGCUGGCGAACAUAUUGUUCACACGGAAGCUGGCGUUGCUGCUGCAGGGCACGGGCGUUACGGUCAACUGUUGCCAUCCGGGCCUGGUGCGCACCGAGCUGAAUCGCCACUUUUCGGGCGCCAACUGGACCCGGAAUAUGCUCAAGGUUAUGUCGCUCUAUUUGUUUAAGACACCGCGUGCCGGCGCCCAGACCUCGCUGCGCCUGGCCCUCGAUCCCGGGCUGGAGUGCUCCACGGGCAACUACUACGCGGACUGCAUGCGUUUCCCCCUGGUACCCUGGGGCCGUGACAUGGACACCGCCGACUGGCUUUGGCGCGAGAGCGAGCAGCUUGUCGGACUGCCGCCCAUCGAGCCAAACAAUCCAAAUGGCCAUAAUCCCCAAAAUGGCACCGGAGCACGUCCCGCCGUUGCUGCUGCGUCACCAGCUGCUGCUGCUGCUGCUGCUGCUGCUGCUGCUGCCGGUGACGCGGCGGUGGAGACCGUUGUGGUCGACCGUGCAGCCAGCUAAAGGGACUCGAGAAUUGAAUGGCCAGCCGGCUUCUUAUCACAGCCCAGUUGAAAAGCGCAUCCAGCUCGCGCCGCAAACCAGUUUGGAACCUGUUUUAAGUGUUUUUUUUU